UAAAAGAUAAGCCCAACAAAACACACAGAGACACACUCACAUCCUCUCUUUUCCUUCACCACCGUCAUCCACCAAUAAUGGAAGCCACUCUGCUCAGCUUUCCCUCUCAUUCUCUCACCCAAACCAAAACUCAAACCCAUUUCCUUUCAAACCCACCUCCAUUCCUCUCUUCCAAAUCCAAAAGACCCAGCAAGCUCUCAAUCCGCUCCGCCAUUUCCCGCAACAAGAAAGAAGAAACAGUUGAGACUGUGAAAACCCAGCUCGACGACUGUCAGCUCCUCGCCGCAAUAAAGUACAAAGGCUUCACUGUCAAACAGUUCCAAGAUCUCCGGAGAUCUUUACCCGAAACCACAACACUUGUAGUUGCGAAAAACACCCUUGUUUACAAAGCCAUUGAGGGUACUCCAUGGGAGGCUCUUAAGCCUUGUAUGACGGGGAUGAAUGCUUGGCUCUUUGUUCACAGUGAGGAAAUCCCAGCUGCACUUAAGCCUUAUAGGGAUUUUCAGAAGGAGAAGAAGCUUGAAGAGAAUGACUUUAGUGGUGCAGUUUUUGAGGGAAAGUUUUAUGCGCCUGGUGACUUUAAGACGCUCGAGAAUAUGCCUACGAGAGCUGAGAUUUAUGCUAAGAUGUUGGGGUCUAUAAAGAGUCCCGCUUCGAGCUUAGUCGGGACAAUACAGGCGCCAGCGAGGGAGUUGGUGAUGGUUUUGCAGGCGUAUGUGAAGAAGUUGGAAGAGGAAGGUGGUGGUGGGCAAUAGUGGCUGAGGAGAAAAGGAGCAGCACUUUUGAGUUUCUGCUAUUCUUGUAAUUGUAAGUGUAUUUUGGAAACAGCUCUUCCUCUUUUUUUGUUUUUCUUUUUUACUUGUAGCAAUGUUGCUGUUAUGGUUGAAAUUGGGGGAGCAAUUGAAUUGAAAAGAAUGCAAGUUGUAGAGUUGUGUCAAAUUGGAGGUUAA